AGAUCAUUCAUUCUAGAUGCUUCCAUCACUCUUGGCACAUGGUUCCUGCGUAGCUUCCAGAUCCCCAAGAGCUUUAUUUUUAAGGAGACACGUUUUAUUUUCUUUCGAAAAUAUACAAGUGUUAUUCUCAUUGGACCCAAGACAUUCACAGCUGUGAUAACCAUUAAAUUCUUCCUUUGCGUUGCAGACAACACCUCUGUGGUGAUUAUCUCUCACUCUCACAGUGCAUCUAUAUCCUGAACUUGAAUUGAAUAUCCGUGGUGAGCUACGCCACUUCCUCAUCCUCCUCAAAGUCAUUUGUUUAAACACUAGGUAUGUAUUUUUUACGGUAUAUUUCUUUCUCUGUGUGGUUAUAUUUUAAAUCAGGUUAUUACGUUUAUUUAUUGGUUUCUGCCAGUGCUCUGAAGCAAUAGUGCCUGCCUGUCCUAGAAAUAGCCUUUAGAGGGGACCCUUGUGCCUAGUUUAGAACACAAACCUACGAAGCUCGCUCUCUCUUGGUGAAGGGGUCACCUAUGUUAGUAAAGUAUGUCAGUAAAGCAACUGCGCUGUGUCUAGGUUCUAUACGUUUAUUAGCCGUACCUUUCCAUAGCUCUCUCUCUCUCUUUUUCUCUCUUUCUGAGAAAAAGAGACACGUUCUACAAUUAAACAAAUUCAGCCGGUGUUAAAAAAGUAAUGAGGAAAUAAUGCCGUCAUGAAAUGAAGCAUGAAUAUUUCUGAUCCAAAAAUUGUAUACUUCUUCUCUUUUACAUAACUUUACUCUUUGCCUCUUAAGUUGUUUUUGUUGUUGUUGUUCUUGCUGAUGUGAUGCUGUUGUUAUGGUUGAUGUAAGGGCAGCCCUGUGAGGACAAAUAUAGCAUCGCUCCCAUGUGAGCAGCUAGAUGAAUCCACAUGCACUCUGCGUCUUUUUUUUUUCUUCGAUAAUCAUGUCAGGGAUUAUAACUGUGACCCAGAAAACCAUGAUUUGGUUGAGUUCAUGAUUGUUGCAAUGUCUAAAGCAUAUAACAGUGGCUCUGCGGGUAAUUGUGGUGAUAUUUUAAUCACUCACCACACUAACGCUUGAUGAUAUAACUGCGUUUUUGCGUGCUGACGAGACAGACGAUUCCCAUCCCACGAGUGUUGAAAAUAAUCAUCCUGGGGGGGGGGGGGGGGGGGAAUAAGCAAUGACAUGUUUGUGUCGCUGCCGUCGACCUCUAAGGACAGACAGCAGGCACGGAUGUAGGCUUAUAGUGGGUUGAACUUCAAGUGUGGGUUUUUUCCACUCUAUCUCUCUGUUCUUGUCAGCUCCGUCUCUCAUACUCUGCCUGGUGCUCUGCGAAAGAUAACACGGUUUCUGUCUCGAACAGAGUGCGUCGUCUGCGACUGUGCGACUGUGUGUGUCUCAAUGCGCCGGUGUAUGUGGAUCGGUGUUCUCUUUGGGAAAUCAUCCAAGCUACGAUAGAUAACAUCUAUAAACCAGCCAAACUAUGCAGUCGAUGCAAACCUGGAACCUCCUCUGAAGGAGUGGAGAAUGGGAGGGGACGAAAUACGCUGUAAGCGAAUAACAGACCUAGCGGAAAAGUACUGAGCGAGAAAGUGAGAGGGGGGGAGGGAGGGAGGGAGGGAGGGAGGGGGGGAGGGAGGGAGGGUGCAGGCUGAGUCAUUCCUGGAUAGGUUUGAGGUUGAGGACUGCAGAGAGAGAUUACCUCACCUGCUAAAAGUUAAAUGGACCUCGGGUUCCAAGAAACUCCGGCACAUACCUUGGUGGGCUUGGCCGUUUUGUUUGUCCUCAGUGGCUGCGAUAACUCCUCAAACAACCAUUCAAUCCAAACUGCCAAAACACACACACACACCCCUCUCUCUUCUCUCUCACUCACUCACUCACUCACUCGUGUAACUCACUCCCACACUCACACACACACAUCAGGAGACGCAUGCGACAUUGCACCCAGCUGUUCAUCCUCAGUGGGUGGUACUACUGUGUUGCAAUGACAACUACACGUUCCACGUCGUUUCCACACAGACACGUUUGGCCGCGUGCGGGUAUCUGAAACGCGGGUUGUUUAAACAUUGUCAUAUAUUUUGAGUGUCAGCUUGCACGUGUUUUUUCAGUGUUUGCUGAAAAAAUGGAGCUACACAGAAGCAUAGACUGCAGUACACCGCAACCAUAUUAGCGGAAUGUUUCGGGCCCCCGUUUGGGCUAAACCUGACGUCUGUAAGCCAAGCCAGCCCGCUAACUACCCCCCAAAUGCUAUUUGCAGCGGGACCGUAGAGUUUAUAGCGCCCACCACUUUAUGAUUCUUGUCAAAUACCUACAGCCCUGUCGGCUGUAACCAGCCUGCCAGGGCGCCGUUCCUGGGUACGUGACCAAAUUGUGGCGUGUGGUCGCUGGUGGGCUCGGGAAGGUUGGGGUCUGAGGGCUCUGCUGGAUUGGCUGGCUGCGGGUGGGCUUCGGGCCGCAGAGCCCAACGCAGAGGGACAGUAGGGCCUUGGGAGGACUGCAGCAGCUACGCAGCUCCUCAGUUGGCUCAGCCCAUCGGCCCCGAUGUUGGCUCGGCAAACCGCCCUGGAGGGAGACGCCACGAGAUGACUAAGAGGCUCGGGGAGCGAGAGAGAGUGGAUAAUAGACAGGCAGGAAGGGGGGGGUGUGCCGAGAGGGCAGCACAAGGAGGCAGAGAGUGGAGUGGAGAGAGGAGUACUUAGAUCGUGUUGCACAGUGGUAUUUCUGGGACCAUAAAAAAGUUGAGAGUAUCUGUUAAGGGAAAUGUGGUCUAACAUUUGUUUUGAUGUGACAUUAAGUUCAUAUGUGGCCGAGAUCAGCUUGAGUUGAGUGACUCCAGCGCGCCCCCCUCUUGCUCUCUCUCUCUCUCUCUCUCUCUCUCUCUCUCUCUCUCUCUCUCUCUCUCUCUCUCUCUCUCUCUCUCUCUCUCUCGCUCUCUCUCUCUCUCUCUCUCUCUCUCUCUCUCUCUCUCUUUCUCUCUCCCUCUCUCUCUCUCUCUCUCUCUUUCUCUCUGAAAAUGUGUAUCCGGAUGCUAGUCAUUACACAAUAUCUUUCAUCGAAUCACUAGUUGUCGGUGAUAAGCUCAAAACAGGAGGAAAUGAGAGAUUGACUGACAGUUGUAAGCGGCCAGAGACAGAUAAGUGAACCGAAAACACAUAUCAUUAUCCAAUGGCCCUGAAAAGAUGUACUUUAUUUCAGAUUUAAUAACAAUUAUAAUAAUAAUAGACUCCAUGCUUCAGGGAGCUUGGGAACGCAAUGUUCCUCAUGAUUGGCCUCUGAAAUGUUUUUUCUGUUUCUUUUAUCAAGUGGACGACGAGUCCACUUAAUACCGCUGAGAAUUCCUCUCCUGUGCGCAAAGCUCCAUAAACUCUUUACGGGGUCUGGAACUCCUCCAGAUCUCUUGUUUUGCCUCUGGCCGGAGUGUUGGAUUCCGAUGUAAACCAUGGAGGUAGUUUUUCUUUUAUUAUUACCGUAAUAAAAGCAAAUGUCAAGCGAGAGAAAUAUUUAGAAUGAUGCAGAUUUCAGACUGUACAGUUCAUACAUCAAAACUAACUUUGCUCUUAGUGGAGGUCAACGCUAACCCCUUUAACCCUUUGAAAGGUCGUUGAGAGGAGGGAAAGGUCACAGUGUUCCGUCAGCAAAAUCUAAGCUGAGAAAUAGUUAAAGUAAAGGUAUCAUUAAAUCCAGACAGGCUGGCCUAUAGUUCAUUCUCUUUGAAGCUUACCCCGUGUCAGUGAAUAGGUGACACUGGGGUGAGGGCCCAGGACCCAGGCAUUGGUUUUCAUUGGGAGCUCUCUUUUGAUGAACUGGGCUCAAGAGGGAUCCUUUUCCUCUCACGAUUUACAGUUUGAGCCCCGGCCAUUUUCUGUAUCCAAUUAUUUGUGGUUUCCACUUAGUGGAGAGGAAUGUUUUUGUGGCAAUAAAACCAAAAUGCUAUUGUGUGUUUGGAAUAAUGACUGUUUACCUGUGAUAUCUGCUGACUUCAGUAUCAAUAAACAAAAGUCUAAUUUGAAAGAAACUGCCUUUUUGCAAUACUUUUUGCAAGAAAAUCAAUCAACUGGUAAACAUGGAGACAUUGUGGUUUACUUCUGUAAAACAAACCUUUCUUGUGCGAAACAUCGCAAAACUAGAGUUGCAUUAGCCUAGUUUACGGUACAGUGACAUUGAUUUAAGAUUUCACAAUACUAUAAAUCUCUUGACAGUCGACUACACACACUAAACUACAUGUUCGGCUACUACAUCCACACAGACACAAACGCACGCACAUCCACCCACACACACACUAACACGCACACACAUGCGCGCAUCCACACACACACCCACACCCACUCACUCAUGCACUAUGCACACAAAAUCACACACACUCAUGUACACCCACCCACCCACACACGCACACACACACACACACACACACACACUAACAUGGCUCUUUGAGUUGUGCUCGCUCCCCGAGGUGGGGGUCUAGCCCCCAGGCCCACCAGCCGCCGGAGAGGUGGGGACCACUCGGGUUCACCAUCUUGUCAGCUCUGCAGAGCGUAUGACGCGGCCAUGGUUCUGAACGUGCCCGGCCUGGUGGUCAUGGGGCUCUUCUACGUGCUCAUUCUGGGCACCGGCAUCUGGGCGUCCAUGCGCUCCAAGAAGGAAGAGAAGAAGUUUAAGGGAGACGGCAUGGAGAUCACCCUACUGGCGGGACGCAACAUCAACCUGCUGGUCGGCAUCUUCACCCUCACUGCUACUUGGGUCGGCGGGGGCUUCAUCCUGGGAAUCGCAGAGGCGGUUUACAACCCCACGCUGGGCCUGGUGUGGGCCCUCAUGCCUGUGCCCUACAUCCUGACCUUCUUCCUCGGUGGCAUCUUCUUCGCCAAGCCGAUGAGGGAGAACAAGUACCUGACCAUGAUGGACCCCUUCCAGAUCAAGUACGGAGACGUCCUCAGCAGCGCCCUCAUCCUCCCCGCGCUGGUGGCCGAUGUGCUCUGGGUGGCCCGCACCCUGGUCAGCUUAGGCGGCACCAUGAGUGUGAUCUUGGACCUCUCCUAUGUGUACUCCAUCAUCAUUUCCUCAGUGGUGGCUAUCGCCUACACCCUCAUGGGGGGCCUCUACUCCGUGGCCUACACCGACGUCAUCCAGCUCAUCCUCAUCUUCGUCAGUCUGUAUGUGUGUGUCCCCUUCAUGAUGACCAAUGAAAACUCGCUGGACAUCUCGAUGACCGCCUACAACCAAACCUUCCAGGCCCCCUGGGUUGGUAAGGUGGACCUCCAGGACGCUGGCAAGUGGUUCGAUGACUUCAUGGUGCUGGCGCUGGGCGGGCUGGCCUACCAGGCCUUCUACCAGAGGAUUCUGUCUGCCUCCUCCUACACCCAGGCCCAGGUCACCUGCUUCGCCUCAUCUGCCUUCUGCCUGGUCCUCGGAAUCCCCUCCAUCCUGAUCGGAGCGGUGGCAGCCUCCACAGACUGGAACUCCACCAGCUACGGCAGCCCCUCCCCCUACGAGCGCGGCCAGGCCGGCUCCAUCCUGCCCAUCGCCCUGCAGUACCUCACCCCCGCCUACAUCUCCAUCAUCGGCAUCGGGGCCGUGGCGGCCGCCGUCAUGUCCUCCAUGGACUCUGCCCUGCUCUCCUCGGCCUCCAUGUUCUCCUCCAACAUCUACAAGAACAUCCUCAGGAAGCAGGCCUCGGACCGGGAGAUGCAGUGGGUGAUCCGCAUCUCGGUGGUGGUGGUGGGUCUGGCGGGCACCGCCCUCACCUUCCUGGACAACAGCGUGCUGGUCUUCUGGCUGGUGGGCGUGGACAUGUCCUACACCAUCAUGUUCCCCCAGCUGGUGUGCGUGCUCUUCUUCAAGGUGUCCAACGGCUACGGCGCGUCGACGGGCUACCUCCUGGGCAUGACGCUGCGUCUGAUGAGCGGCGAGCCCCUCAUCGGCCUGCCGCCCCUCAUCCGCUUCCCCGGUUGCCGGCUCGACGCCGAGGGCACGCUGACGCAGUACUUCCCCUUCCGCACCACCAUCAUGCUGACGUCGCUGGUCUCCAUCGUGCUGGUGUCGUGGCUGGCCUCCAUCAUCUUCAACAAGGGGCUGCUGGCCGAGCGGUGGGACGUCUUCAAGAUCAACCGCCGGCUGGCCAAGUCGGCGGGCGGCCGGGUGCCCCCCCAGGACCAGAAGGACCCAUCGGUGGUCAAGCAGCUGCUGGACACCUCCACCACCACCAGCUGCUAAGGAGGGAGAGUUAGAGAGAGGGGGGGGGGGGGGGUGGCGAGGCAGAGACGGGGGCAACACGGGGCCGCGGGAGCCCCCCCCCCCCCCCCCCCCUACCCCUAAGACGAGGCCCGGUCCGCCUGGCCUGGCCGGGGAAGAUGAUCCAGCGCGUUGCAAAUAAAGAGCGGUUGCAGUUUAAAGAGAUGAAAGCGCACUUCACCACCCCCACCACCACCACCACCACCAUACACGCAUCCAUACGCAGCACACCACGCCAUUUACCCCAUCAUGUAUAAACCGUUGUCUCCGACUGGAACGGCUGUAAAGGCUAACUUUACGGCGCACCGUAGAACACAACCGUUUCUGUGUUUUUAUUACCAUUUUGCGGGGGUUCAAGCAAUAGGGUUUGCUAAGACGUAGCAUCUCAAAAGUACGGCUAGCUAGCCUCCUCAUAUUGUAUAUAGAAAGCAAUCCUGGAUCUUGUGUAUAGCUCAGGAGGACAGUGGCUUGGUAAUAUUGAUUUUACUGUGAGUACAAAACAGCUACUAUUCUUUUAAAGGUGAAUCCACCUUAAUGUGAAUCUGUAAAUGAUUAGAGAGAGUCAGUGUGCACAAGCGGCGUCGACUGCAUCUGUAUUUUUCUUUCAACUGCUUUUUUAAAAUAUUUUUUCAUAAAACGCCCUGAAUAAAACGCCAGAGCCACCAAAAAAAAUGAUUUUAAGCAAAAACCGAGCCUGAAUAUCACAACGAAGACCCACUACCCACUGAACGAAGGCAGACACCGUUUAGGCUGUCAGGAGAAUUUUUGUAAGGUUUAAACGCUGCCCCGUUUUAUUGCCAACCGCAUCGGUAGCCAAAAGCUGUCAGGACUCCGGGCCCCUCGGCUUACCACAGACGAUCACAGGGGCCGGUUUCAGCCCGUUCCUCACAGCGGGACGGGUUCCAGCGCUGAAGGCUCCCAUGUGAUUUAUUGAUAAAUGCGUCCACCAAUUAGUGAGCGGUGUGCAGCAGAGAAAGAAGGGCCAGAUAUACCCCGCCCCCUGUCCUAUUCCCUCACCACUCCAAAGAGGCCUUAUGGAGACCCACAACGCCUCCUUCAAUUUGUAUAUGACUUUGUACAGUAAGGAUAUUUUCUAUGGUUGAUGAUAUAUAUAUAUAUAUAUAUAUGCAAAACUUUAGUUUACAAGGGGCUUGAUCGAACCUUGCGGUCAGAGGCUAUUUAAGUUUUUCCUGAGCCUAUAGUAGUUAUAUGUACAUAAAAGACUUCUCACUAUGAAUGUUUGAGAGGCUAUCUUUUCAACUUUGCCGGGACUGACGUCCGACAGUGGGCGUUAGACCUUGGCAGCACGAGUCGAGUGAUGCAAAAGCUAGUUUAAUACCUCAGCGUGUCAGAGUGUCUCUUCCCCGGUGGUAUAGUGUGGUAAUUUGUUUCAGUCAGUUUGUAUGAUUUUGUCUGUUCUUUCCGAAGACUACAGAGAACAAAAGGCUGCUGAGCUGAAUGACCCCUGCAGAACUCAGUUUGUGUAUCUUUUCAUAAUGUGACCUAUUUGUAUCUCUAUUUAUACGAUGUACUGUAUGUCCUGUAAAAGCUCAAACAAUGAUCUAACAUUUUUGCCAAAGAAUUUUAAGUUGAAUCAUUAACGUUAUUAAACAUUGUCAUUAUCUAAAUGGUCGAUUUUUAAAACGUGUUGAAUGUAUAUUGUGGUCAAAAGCCUGGCUUGUCAAAGGCUGGCACCAACACGCAUAGUUCAAUGUCGAAAAAUCUCAAAUGUAGGCCUUCUACUGUUUUCAAGUUUGCCAUCUUGGUGAAUCGAGGCUAAGUUAGAAUGACUUAGACUUAUUACAUGUUAAGAAUACAUACUCAUUUCUCCAACAGAAAUAUAAGUUGUUACUUGUAGCAGCAAUAUUAUAGAAAAUCUACUGUGACCGUAGUAUUAGAAACAGAUCAAGUUUAUCAGGGUGAAGUUGAAAAGAUAGGUCAGCCCAAUGUUUGCUAUAGCCACAAAACAUUCAAUACUAGGUGUGGAAGUGUAUUUGGUUUUUGUACUAUUAUGCAUGUUGAAUUUAAUUUGUGUUUAUAUACGGAGCUUUAAAAGAGGCUGUUUCUCUUGCCACACGGCGAGGUCCUACUUUGUAAUCUUUAAUGUAAGUCCCAAUGGGGUGAUGUUCUCUCAGAAUAAAGGUUGAAACAAA